CCUUGUGGUCAGUUUUAUGCACUCCGGUUGAUGUUUUUACUGACGGCGUUGAGACCUGAACUCAGAGCACAGCUGAAACAAGAGGGAGGAGUGCCGCUGUUGACCACAGUGCUGGAGAAGAGUUUAUCAGUACAGUGGAAGGAACAGUAUGAGGUCGUGCUGAAUCCUACAGCGCCUCCUAUAAGUGUGGAGGACUCACAGCAGGCUCAGGAGGCCCUCAAGAUCCUUUUUAAUAUCACACACAGCACACACACUCAGGACCCUGAAGAGGGAGAUGCGUCUCUCUAUCGCCACCUGGCUGCAGUUUUGCGUCACUGUCUGAUGGUGUCCUGUGAGGAGGAGGAAGCUGCAGAUGAGUUAAAGGGGCAUGCAGUGAAUAUGCUGUCUGCUCUCCCGUUGAGCUGUCUAGACGUUCUGGUAUCUGUGCCUCUGGCUCCAGACUCACACCAGAUGAAUGGAGCCAACAUGGAUUGUGUGCACAACCUGCUCAUGUACAUGGAGAGAAAACUGGAGCAGGGUGAAAAGGUCAAAGAGAGACUGACCCCUGUGCUGAACUUGCUGACCGAAUGCUCCAGAGCUCACAGAGACACAAGACACUACCUCAGACAACAGAUUCUGCCUCCAUUAAGAGAUGCCAGCACUAAACCUGAGGAGGGAAAAACCAUGAGGAAUCGUCUGGUCAGACUGAUGACAAACCUGGACACUGAGCUCAAACACUGCGCUGCUGACCUGCUCUUCGUGCUGUGCAAAGAGAGCGUGAGGCGUUUCGUGAAGUACACUGGAUAUGGAAAUGCCGCUGGGCUCCUUGCCACCAGAGGCUUGCUAGGAGGUCAAAGGUCAAAGGCCACAUCAUCAGGCACACAGUACUCCAGCGGUUCGGACUACCUUUUGUUCAACGGAUUGAGGCGUUUCGUGAAGUACACUGGAUAUGGAAAUGCCGCUGGGCUCCUUGCCACCAGAGGCUUGCUAGGAGGUCAAAGGUCAAAGGCCACAUCAUCAGGCACACAGUACUCCAGCGGUUCGGACUCGGACACCGAGGAGUACCGGCAGAUCAAAGACCGAGUGAAUCCAGUGACGGGACAGGUGGAGGAGGAGCAGCCUGAUCCGAUGGAGGGAAUGACGGAGGAGGAGAAAGAGGAGGAGGCUCACCGGCUCAUCAGUCUUUUUAACAAACUCUCAAAGGAUAAUAUGAUUCAGCCAAUGGCAUUGAACGAAGAAGGUCAGCUGGUGCCGCUAUCAGAGCUCAGGGACCUUUCAAUGGAGGAGACGAAAUCAGAGGAAGAACAUGAUGAUCUGGAGAACGUGGAGUAGAAUCGGCAUAGAAGUGAUUACAAUUUUAACAGUUUAUCACAUAACCUCACCUAGACAUAACCAUUAAUUGACGCACAACCAGUCUCAAAAGUUUGGAUCAAUAAGAUUUGUUAUACUUUUAUUUAGCAUGGAUGCAAUGAAUUCAUCAAAAGUGACAGUAAAGGUGUUUG